AUGAGCGAAUUUUUAUUUCUAUCGACCGACAAAGGAGAGCAGGAGGUGAAAGGAGCUUCGCGAGCUACGGGGGUGGCCACGGCACGGCCCGGUGGCCGCCCCCGCAAUGAGGCCAAGCGGUGGGCAUCCGGCAAAAGCCGCAAGACGGGAUUCGCGAAGGCGCGGGCCACUUUCCGCGGCGGAGGCCGCGGAAGCGUGGCGGCUGCGGAGAGGCACGACAGCAUGAUGACAAAAGCACGCUGGCGGGGCACCGAGGCAAUCGCAAGGGAGACCCCAGCGGGCUCUUUGUCGGUCGCAUCGAUGCCGCAACGCAAGGACUACACCAACGACGCCGAGCACCACGGCAAGUUCCAGGUGUGGCUCCAGGCAGGCAGCUUCCAAGGCAAGGCGCGUGAUGGUGCGGCGGGUGGACCUGCGGCCGCUGCCGCGCCCGCCGGUGCGCCGAAAAUGGGCGCUCCUCCUGUCGGAGUGAGCGUCGACGAGCUCCCGGCGCGCUUCCGGCGGGCGCCGAUGAGCGAAGAUGAGAUGGAGGCAGUCAUGUCGGGGGGGGCUUCGGUCUCCGACUGGGCGUGGGUCAAGAUCCGCUGGUGA